CAAAAAAGUAAGUGGUUCUCCUCGUCACUUUUCUUGGCCCAUCUGCUUCUCAAAAUAUUUCAAAAGUUAAAUCAACUGAUCAAUUAGCACGGACCUUUGCUGAACCCAUUUCUUGGAAACGUUCUUCUCGUGAGCUACCCAUCCUGGAGUGGGAGCAGGGGGUGGGGAAGAAAAAGUGUCGAAAAGCUCAAAAGAGCUGCCAGAAAAAAGGAUACAGUUAUUUUUAAGGAAGACUUGUGAAAACAAGCUGAAAAAUGGUUUUAGCAGAUUUGGGUCGCAAAAUCACGACCGCUUUGCGGUCGUUGAACAGCGCCACGGUCAUUAAUGAGGAGGUUCUAAAUGCAAUGCUAAAAGAAAUUGUUACAGCCUUAUUGGAAGCAGAUGUCAACAUUAGACUUGUUAAGGGCUUAAGGGAAAAUGUCAGGGCUGUUAUUGAUUUUGAUGAAAUGGCUGCUGGACUUAACAAGCGUCGUAUGAUCCAAAGUGCAGUGUUCAAAGAACUUGUUAAGCUGGUGGAUCCAGGAGUGAAAGCCUAUCAGCCUGUUAAAGGGAAGUCCAAUGUGAUUAUGUUUGUGGGUCUGCAAGGAUCUGGGAAAACGACGACUUGCACCAAGUUGGCGUAUCACUAUAUGAAGAAGGGUUGGAAAACUUGCCUUGUUUGUGCCGAUACGUUCCGUGCUGGUGCUUAUGACCAGUUGAAACAAAACGCUACAAAGGCUAGAAUCCCUUUCUAUGGAAGCUACACAGAGAUUGAUCCCGUAAUUAUUGCUCAAGAAGGUGUCGCCAUGUUUAAAAAAGAAGGGUUCGAAAUCAUUAUUGUGGACACGAGUGGCAGGCACAAGCAACAAGACUCUUUAUUUGAAGAAAUGUUACAAGUUUCCAACGCCGUUAGUCCGGAUAACAUCAUAUUCGUCAUGGACGCUACCAUUGGUCAAGCAUGUGAGGGGCAAUCCAGAGCCUUCAAGGAUAAAGUUAAUGUAGGGUCUGUUAUCAUCACAAAAUUGGAUGGACAUGCCAAGGGUGGUGGUGCUCUUAGUGCUGUUGCUGCUACACAAAGUCCGGUCAUUUUCAUCGGUACUGGAGAACACAUUGAUGACUUGGAGCCAUUCAAAACCAAGCCGUUCAUCAGUAAGCUGUUAGGAAUGGGAGAUAUCGAAGGCCUGAUUGAAAAAGUAAAUGAUUUGGGCUUGGAGGAUAACGAGGAAUUGAUAGAAAAACUAAAGCACGGUCAUUUCACGCUGCGCGACAUGUACGAACAGUUCCAAAACAUUAUGAAAAUGGGUCCGUUUUCUCAAAUUAUGGGGAUGAUUCCAGGAUUCAGUCAGGAUUUUUUGGCCAAGGGCAGUGAAAAGGAGUCGAUGGCCAGAUUAAAACGAUUAAUGACAAUGAUGGACAGCAUGAAUGACGGAGAGUUGGACAACCGAGAUGGAGCCAAACUAUUUACAAAACAACCCGGCCGAAUUAUCCGCGUUUCCUGUGGUGCUGGUGUGACUGAAAGAGAGGUCCGAGAACUGCUUACUCAAUACACAAAGUUUGCUGCAGUGGUGAAGAAAAUGGGAGGCAUCAAAGGACUGUUCAAGGGUGGGGACAUGGGCAAGAAUGUUAAUCCAAAUCAAAUGGCAAAACUCAAUCAACAAAUGGCAAAAAUGAUGGACCCUCGAGUGUUUCAACAAAUGGGUGGAAUGGGCGGCCUUCAAAAUAUAAUGCGACAACUUCAGCAAGGUGCCGGAGGAUUGGGAAAUAUGUUUGGUGGAGGUGCAGGCGGAAGUGCUCCAAGCGGAAGUGGUGGAGGUAGACGGUAGCAAUAGAGUAGUCAUAAUUAUACAAAUAAUUAUUAUAUAAUUACAACCCUGAUUUUAUAUGCAUUGCCAAUUCCUCUAAAACUCAUAAAUAAAACUAUAACUAAUAUAUGUAAUCUUACAAUUUUGUGUACAAGAACGUGAUAAGAGUGAAAAAGUUUCUUUUUCUACACAGAGAAAAUAUAUAGUGUGCAUGACAGAUGUACAUGUGUUUGUGUGAACAUGAAUAAUACUGAUUUGACUGCUA